AUGGCAGUGCAGCUCCAGUUUUCAUAUGUAUGGCCAGAAUUUUCACCUGAUAGGCAGCUUAUUGCCGCCAAACGGCGGGGAGAUGAUAAAUCUAAAAUUCACAUUGAUGUUAUUGCUGACAUUAAAGAGGUCAUUAAUCGGAACAAUGUCUUGGUAAAGUCAUUUCGCAAUGCAAGGUCUGAGAUCGAAGCAAAUCCAAGAGUGGAGAUAAAGAUGAGAUUAAUUGGUAAACGUUCUAAAGAUGCAAAAACUUACAACUUACCAACAGCGUCAGAAGUUGCAGCUUUGAUUGUUGGUGAUCUAAACCCAUCAAUAGGUGAACGCGAUAUUUUAGUUGAGGCAAAAUCUGGAGCAUUGAAAAGGAUAAGCGAGCUGAAUCCCGCUUACUUGCCGCUACAAUAUCCAAUACUGUUUCCUUACAGGGAAGAUAUCCCAUUUGCUGGGACAUCAAGCAGUAAAAAAUUUUCAAGGCACCGUAUCUCCCUGAGGGAGUACUUCCCCUUUCGAAUUCAUGAAAGAACGAGUGAGAUCUCAACAAUUUUGUAUGGUAGGAGAUUGUUCCAGCAGUUCUUAGUGGAUGCUUACACCAUGGUGGAGUCGGGUAGACUUAUUUUUGUUAGGACCAACCAAAAAACACUGAGGUGCGAGGCAUACAAAGGACUGUCAAAUACGUUGACUAGGGGAGAAAUUGAUCCUAGCACACAAGGCAAACGUAUAAUCCUACCAUCUAGCUUUACAGGUGAGGCCCGCUACAUGAUACAGAAUUAUCAAGAUGCGAUGACAAUCUGUCGGUGGAUAGGGUACCCCAAUUUGUUUGUUACUUUUACGUGUAACCCUAAGUUGCUAGAAAUACAAGGGUACGUUAAUAAGAGGAACUUAAGAGCUAAAGAUAGGCCUGAUAUUGUGUACCGGAUAUUCAAAAUGAAAUUUGAUUGUCUAAUCAAAGAUUUCAAAGCAGGUAAAAUUUUUGGAGCAAUUAGAGCAGUAAUAUACACCAUCGAAUUCCAGAAGCGGGGUGGGGUCUUCCUACUUUUCCCAGAUAGGAGUGAGCUUACCAGUUCACAUGACUACAUGGACAUUAUCAUAUCAGCUGAAAUACCUAACAAGGAUCACGAUAAAGAGUACUACGAUGUAGUUGGAGAAUUCAUGAUACAUGGUCCAUGUAGAUCUGCAAGAAAGAACUCAUCUUGCAUGGUAGACGGAAUUGAAGGUGUUCAAAGCACUUCCCAAAGGAGUUUGCUGACUGCUCCAGUUUGGAGGAUGAUGGGUACCCGGGCACACAUGAACGUUGAGUGGUGUAACCAAUCUAGAUCUAUAAAAUAUUUGUUCAAGUAUGUUAACAAAGACAAUGAUCGUGUAACAGCCAAAUUCUAUAAGAGCACAGUUGACUUAGAGGGCAAUGAAGUAAUUGAUGAGAUAAAUAUGUACUAUGAUUGCCGUUGUGUCUCUGCGUGUGAGGCUACAUGGCGUCUUCUAACCUUUGAUGUGCAAUAUAGGACACCAUCGGUGGAGAGAUUAAGCUUCCACCUCCCAGAUUGUCAGUCUGUUGUAUUCCGUGAUGAUGAUAGUAUCACAGAUGUGAUAAACAGAUUUACUAUUGGUCAAAGUUCGUUUUUAGGGUGGUUUGAUGCAAAUAGGAAAUAUGAAGAUGCUCGAGUGUUUACCUAUAUUGAGAUGCCCAAUAAGUUUUUCGUGGCCGUACAUCUUUCAAAGACAUUCGUACAUUUGAUGGGGUUGAGUAUUCUACAUUUAGAGAUGCAUGCUGCACGGGGGUUGUUAGAUGAAGAUAAAGAAUACAUUGGUGCAAUUCAGGAAGCAAGUUAUUGGUCAUCGGCUCAAUCGAUGAGACAACUCUUUGUGACAUUGUUGAUAACUAAUUCUCUAAAUAGGCCAGAGCAUGUAUGGAAUGAGGUGUGGCACCACUUAGCUGAAGAUGCACAAUUUAACCAACGUAGGUUACUUUUAAAUCAAGAUUUGGUUUUAAAUGAUGAUGAGAAGAAAAACUUUGCUUUGAUUGAGUUGGAAAAGGUGUUGCAAGUUCACAAUAGAUCGUUGAAAGAUUUUCCUCCUAUGCCUUUGCCGAACUUUGAGUCACCAAUUUUGUGUGGUAACCGAUUGUUGCUUGAGGAGUUAUCUGACGAUCGUGCAACACUUGCUGAGGAAAGUGUUAAUUUGUCAAGUGUUGGCGCUGAUAUAAAACAACUUGAAGAUUUUGCAAAAUGGAUUGCAGCAAUUGGAGAUGGGACGAUUGGAGGUCAAAAUGAUGGUUCUGUAGAAGUUGAUAUCCCACCCGACAUGUUAUUGUCCACAAAUGGGGAUCCCAUUGCCACUAUUAUUGAAAACACUUUCCCGAUGUUUACAAGUGACAAGGGCGAUAACAGAGUCUUUGGCUCUUUGCCGGCGUCUCAGACCUUACAUGGAGGAUCAGAUGAUUUGGAGGGCCCUGGGGAUGUGCAGAGAUCAUUCGACGCUACUCAAUUGGAUGAUCGGAAGCCUCCAGAUUCUUCGGGAGUCAGUGCGCUGCAAGCCGCCGGGCUGAGGAGCCUAGCGCCGGAAGGGAUGGUUGCGAUGGCAUCAGAGGGGUCGUGA